AUGGAACAUCGUGUCAAGAAAGAAAAGAUGGCUCAUAAAAAGUCAAGUUUCGAGCAUGUUCUCAUUCAAAGAAGUCUCCAGAACAAAACGGCCAGCAAGAAGACAUCGAACUACAUACUGGAUUCGAACGGGGAUACUCAACUCAUUCUCAGUACCUACAAAGAUCAGCCUUUCAUCUGGAAGGCGGAGACGAUCUGGAUAGGUCAAGAAAGAUCUACAACGAAAGGCUUUAAAAAAAACAAGAAGAAGAAGAUCAAAAAGAAAGCUGCCUGCCAUCCACCACCCGUGCCACCACCACCGCCGCCGCCACCGGAAUCCCCUGUUUCAACACCAACAUCGCUUACACAGCCUAUUGUUUCCUUCUCUAACGUACCUUAUUAUACUCGCCCAGAAUUCUCGGACGAAGAAACAACGAGACCUGAUUCUGCUGACUCUAAAGAGAAUGCUGACAGUUCAAGUUUGCCGGUGCAGGAUUGGGAUUAUGGAGAAAGAUCUGGGAUCCUGCCUAAUCAGGUAGAGAUUCGAAUGCUAGUCUCGAGAAAGCACCUGGAGCUAGCUUCGUCCUACUUUGAGAAGAUGUUUUCAGGUCCUUUUACGGAGGGAAAGGCCAAUCACUCAGGACUUCGCCGAGUAACAGCGACCGACUGGGAUCCUGAAGCUUUCAACAUUGUACUAACGAUCAUACACGGGUACCAUCGUGAUGUACCAAGGUCACUCGAUCUCGAGAUUCUUGCAAAGCUGGCCAUAAUCGUGGACUACUACGAGUGCCAUGAAAGCACGGAGCUACACGCCGAUAUUUGGCUAGAAAGGUUAAAGCCGGAAGUACCAACGGUGUAUGGACGAGACUGUAUUCUCUAUAUGCUCGUGUCCUGGGUUUUCUCACAGCCUGAUGUGUUUGCGAAAAUGACUCGGCUUGCAGUAAGGCAUAGUGAGAGAUUGAUUGAAGCUGAAGAUUUACCUAUUCCCUUAGAUCUUCUUGAGCAGAUUGACAUGGCACGUCAGGACUAUCUCGAUAAAAUAUUCUCAGCGGCCUACGAUCUUUUUGAUCGUUUGCAGGAAGAGCCAGAGUGUUCCUAUGAGUGCUCAUCUAUGCUCUUGGGUAUUUUAACAAAGGAGCUAAAAAAACACGGGAUUCUGAGCCCGCGAAGCGCGCAGCCAUUUUAUGGAUUUAGCAUUGGAGGUUCGGUGGACAUGAUUAAUGGUUGCAAGGUGCCUCAUUGGUAUGACAUCAGUGGCAGUGGGAGGUAUGGCUCUGGACAUUCCUGCACCAUACAGCAGAAGUUGUCUUUAGCUCUUCAGAAUGCGGAAAAAGAGCUACGCGUCUUCGAUCUUCAGGAUUUCCAGUUCGCAAAAAGCCACAUGCGCCCCCCAAAGAAUGUGGGGACGUUUGAAUUUGAGUGCAAGCGAAGUGCAACAUAG